GCCGGAAUGGAUCGCGCGCGGCUGCGGGGGGGCGCGGAGGACAAAAAGCGGAGCACCGCCGCGGCGGUCGGAAGCGAUGACGCGCCCGGCCGGGGCCCUCCCUCCUCGCCGCCGCGCACGGAAAUUGCCGAGGGCGGACGGAGAUGGCCGAGGACGGCCCGGCGUCUCCCCCUGCAGGCCGAGCCCGGUCACUGCAGCGUCCCGCAGGUCCCAACAGAUCGAGGCGGAGGCGGGGCCGCACCUGGGAGCCUCACCUGUUGGGUCACCUGGACGGUUGAAGCCCCGUGUGGAGGAGCCCUGCCGGGGCAGAAAUGUGCCUCAUCUUCUGGGAUGCGAUGCUGGAGGGGAGAGAAUGGCUGCCCAGCAACAAUUCCCCAUCCUUUGGCUACAGCCACCCAAAGUGGAUGCUCUCAUGGGGUCUCCCAGAUGGGCACACACACCCCCAAACCAAGCCCAGGGCAUCUCCUUCCAUGGGAAACAACAGGGCAGGACCACGUUCUCCCGGAGGAGACCCCCAAGAAGGAAAUGAGUGACGGCGGAAGCCUCUUAGCCGCAGAUAAGAUUUCAUCUCACAUCUCCCCCCCUGCUUCGAGGCGCACUCUGAAGAGGCACUUCUGGAGCAGCCGCUGUUUCUCGCGCCUGAAAAUGAGGGUCUUGGACCAGCCAGGGGCCCUGCUGGGACUCCUCUUGCUGCUGGUGGCCCCCGGCCAGCCGACGGUAGGCGGCCCCCAGGCUAAAGUGGAUUGCAUUUGCCACAAUGAUGAUUACGUGAUCUGCGACUGGGGCAGCCGAGAGAAGCCCCAUCACAACUACUCUUUCUCCUCCCGGUAUGCGAGUAUCAGCCAGACAUCGGAGUGCACAGAGUACAUCCAGAAAGAGAGGCUUAACGUGGCGUGCCGGCUCAGCGAAUAUGACCUCUUCCACUACUUGGAUAUCUACCUCAAUGACAGCCAGGGGCAGGUUGUCACCCAUCAAAACCUGCAAUUGAAAGACCUAGUGAGGCCGGGCAAGCCUUUCAACCUCACCUUGCAAAACCAGAGCAAUCAUCAGCUGCUCCUGACCUGGAAAACCCCCUACCAAAGACCGGAUUGUUUGGAACACAUUGUCCGAUACAAGAGCAACAAGGACACGGAGUUUAUGGAACUCCCCGUCCAACCUGCCACAGAUAUCAAGUUCCAAAUCCCCAGCGUGGAUCCCGAGAAGCGCUACACCUUCUACGUCAAGAGUAAACUGCACAAGACCUGUGCAAGCACGAAUCUCUGGAGUGAGGAGUCCGAGCCUGCCUUUUGGGGGAAAGCAGAAGACGCCCACCCUUCUUUGCUGUCCUCCACAACAACCAUUUUGAUCCCGCUGGGCUCCUUCCUCCUUCUGAUGCUGCUGCUCCUGGCCUUGCUGCGGAUGGAGAGAGUGUGGGUGGUCUUGAUGCCCAGAAUCCCCAACCCCAGCAAGAAGUUUGAGGAUCUCUUCACUGCGUAUCAAGGCAAUUUCUCAGAAUGGGCUGGGGUCCCCAAAGACGUGGUGGAGACCUUCAAGCCCACCUAUUAUGAAAACAUCUGCGCCAUCACGGAGCUGCUGCCCAGCGGAGGCUACCUGUCUGAAAGCAGCGACCCCCCAGCCAAGAGCGGAGAGCCAUCGGACGUAUUGCCAGACCCUCCUCCCAAGGCCAAACCAGGCCCUGCAGAGGUCACCACCUGAGUUUGCACCUGGAGCCCGCAUGGAGGGAGGGGGCCCUGCCUCUAGGGCCCCAAAGCCCCCACCACCUGCUUGUAACGGGACGGAAGAGAAGGAAGAACACAAGGUGACCCCGCUGGAAGAACCUCCUGCAAGCGCUUAAGCUGAGCCCCAGCUGAGCUCUCCCCUCCGUCUCCCAUCACUUAUGGGCCAGUAUUCUUCUGCAGGAAGGGUGGGGGGAGUGUCUGGCGUUGAAUUUAUCUUCAGCUGUGUCCUCCCACCCAAGCGGUCUUGGCUUCCCACUGGCCUCUCCCGCUUUCUCUCUUGCUGCUGACCGCGUGGGUGCGUGUCCUGUAUUUGAAUAAAAAGGCCCUCGGUGUCAUCCCGCCUCUUGCCUCCUCCAUCGAAGCCUUCCAGGGGGUCCGUUUGUAUCCCGUCCCCGGCAAUCUGAGUCCCAACUUGAGGGUUGAGCUUUUGAGUCUCGAGACCUUGGUUACUUCGCUGCUUCUGCUCCCCCAAAUCCUUUCAUCAGUUUUUUUUUAAAUUAGUUUUUUCCCUCUAUAACGGUGUUUCUCAACCUUGGCGACUUUAA